AUGCUGAUUGCUUAUAAUACUAGUAUUAAUACUCAAGCAGCUUCUAGUACAGUUCCUGAACCUAGUGCUCAAGCAGCUGAUAUUAGUAUCAAUACUCAAGCAGUUUCUGGUAUUGAUACUAUUAGUACAUUACAAGAUAAUGAUAAAUUUAAAGAAGUUGUUAAUUCAAGCCCAACUGAUAUUAUUAAAAAAACUCAAUCUCAUAAUAAUCCUGCUAUUAAAUUGCAACCAUCUAAUGAUACACUGAUUACACCAAUGCAAUCAAAUGAUGAAAAAGAGGCUAAAAAUUUUCUAAUGAAAU